CCUCGGCGGGAGGGGCCGCCCGGGCUCGGGGCACCUGGCGUCGCCCCUCCGCAGGGAAAUCGGAGGCUGCCGGGCAUGGGCGCCUGGAGGUAAAGGCAUCGGGAGGGAGGCCUGGGGUAUCUGUGGAGCUCGGGGAGGCCAGCCCUGUUCUGCCAGCUGCCCCGGGGCGGGCGGCGCUCGGAUUCUCCUGCUCCGGCUUCGGCAGCCGGAAACUUUGCUGCGAGAAGUCCCCCACCCUCCUGAUUGCGCCGAGAGGCGCCUGGUGGGCCGCGCGCCCCCGGGGGCCCCUCAGCCCCGCGCGUGAUUGAGGGGGCCCCCAGGCGCCAGGCGCCCGCCGCGCUCCGCCGUGCGCGCGCGGCCGCCAGGAUGCGCUACGCGGACCCCUCGGCGAACAGGGAUUUGUUGGGGAACCGAACUUUGCUCUUCAUCUUCAUCUGCGCCUUCGCCUUGGUGACCUUGCUGCAACAGAUCUUGUAUGGCAGGAACUACAUCAAGAGAGGCCUCCAGUUUGGUUGGCAGAGUGGCGACCAGCUGGCCAAUUGGACGGGGCUCUUUAAUGUCACGGACGACCCGGCAGUGCAGAGCGGCAGUGACUCCAGUUCCAGGUACUUUGAAUUUUACGAGGGCCCUUUUGAGUAUAACUCCACAAGAUGCCUGGAGCUGAGGCACGAGAUCUUGGAAGUGAAGGUGCUCUCCAUGGUGAAGCAGUCGGAGCUGUUCGACAGGUGGAAGAGCCUCCAGAUGUGCAAAUGGGCCAUGAACAUCUCUGAAGCCAACCAGUUCAAGUCCACUCUAUCCAGGUGCUGCAACGCCCCCUCCUUCCUCUUCACCACCCAGAAGAACACGCCCCUGGGGACGAAGCUCAAAUACGAGGUGGAUACUAGCGGCAUCUACCACAUCAAUCAGGAGAUCUUCCGCAUGUUUCCCAAGGACAUGCCCUACUACCGGUCCCAGUUUAAGAAGUGUGCGGUGGUGGGCAACGGGGGCAUCCUAAAGAACAGCCGCUGCGGGAGGGAGAUCAACAGUGCUGACUUUGUCUUCCGGUGCAACCUACCCCCCAUCUCAGAGAAGUACACCAUGGAUGUAGGGGUGAAGACAGACGUGGUCACCGUGAACCCCAGCAUCAUCACAGAGAGGUUCCACAAGCUGGAGAAGUGGCGGCGGCCCUUCUACCGCGUGCUGCAGCUGUACGAGAACGCGUCGGUGCUGCUGCCCGCCUUCUACAACACGCGCAACACCGACGUGUCCAUCCGCGUCAAGUACGUGCUGGACGACUUCGAGUCACCGCAGGCCGUGUACUACUUCCACCCGCAGUACCUGGUCAACGUGUCGCGCUACUGGCUCAGCCUCGGGGUGCGCGCCAAGCGCAUCAGCACCGGCCUCAUCCUGACCACGGCGGCGCUCGAGCUGUGCGAGGAGGUGCACCUGUUCGGCUUCUGGGCCUUCCCCAUGAACCCCUCGGGCUUGUAUAUCACCCACCACUACUACGACAACGUCAAGCCGCGGCCCGGCUUCCACGCCAUGCCCUCGGAGAUCUUCAACUUCCUGCACCUGCAUAGCCGCGGCAUCCUGCGCGUGCACACGGACACCUGCAGCUGCUGCUGAGGGCGGCGCGGGCCUUCUGCCGGGCCCCCCAGCACGAGGGGACUCCCGGCACACGGAGCCAUGCUCCUCCUCGCCGGCCGGCAGGGCGGGGUGAAAGCCUGGCACUGAGGCUGGCACUCUCCUGGAUGCUCAGCUUCAGACUUGGGCCCUGUGGGCUCUGGGAGGCAGGGAUGCGGCAGGGCAGAGACAGCUCCGUGUGUACCGCCCCACCUGCCCCUCCUCCCCGCCACACCUCAAGAUGGGGGCCCUGGGGGUCGCAAGGGAAUCAAGCACAUUUCCACCCAGUGUUAGCAUCUAAAAGAGCACAAACCGUAUGGCCUCUUUGCAGCUAAAGGAAGUCCCUACUGGGAACAGAAAAAAGGGAGACAGACAGAACAUGCGAGCACAGUUUAGAUGUAACUCAGACUUCUGGGUUCCUGACUCUUAUUCCCAGGCCUCAGCCAUGAAAUGUGGUCUAGAAUCUCAGAGCUAAAAGGCCAACCAAGUGGCCAGACCUUCCUGUGAGGACAGUGGCUCAGAGAGGUCCAGGGAUUAUUAACCGAUUUUCCACCAACCAACUGAGUAAGUGGCACUGUGAGAUCUGAUGCAAGGGCUGUGGGUUAGGAUCUUCACUCAGACACUGUCAACCAAGGAGAGCCACCCCCUUCAAACACAUCCUCAGACACACACGUCUUGGUGCCUCCAGGUUCAAUCCUGUGUUUGACCUUUUGAUGAGAAGGAAAUAAACCAGACCAGCCAUUUGCACUAAGGUUUUCAAGCCAACGUUAUCGACUCAGUAAGUGCUUAGCGACUUGCUUCCUCUUCUGUCUCCCUAUUUUCAGCUCUGUUUUAACUGGGAGUUAUUUAUAAGAUCCAUCCCUCUGUGUGUUCCUGAAUACUGCAGUUCCUGCUGUAUCGUGUUCCUGAAUUGGAACCGUAAGGCUCGGACUGGAAAGCGCUGACAUGUGACUGGUGAGCUUAGCGGCGGAAGUGAGUCGUGGCCUCCGACACCAGCAUCACUGAGGUCCUACUGUGAAGGCAGGGUUUCCUGCAGCAGGCAGCCUGCUGGCCUUCACGUGCGUGGAUCCACAGGGCCUGUGCUUUGGGAAGUCAGCUGUGCCUAGGCUGAAAGGGCUUCACGUAUCAUUUCACAUCGUUUUCCUCCCCCCUGAGGUAUUCCCACCAUGAAUGCAGCUGUGCCUAAUACACACUGUUGGUGAAUUGCCUUAGAAUUUAGUUUUGUGGAACUGUAGAAGGCUAGUGCUGGAGGAUUUUCAGCCUGCCCCUCCUUUCCUCCCUUCCUGCUCUCUCCCCUCCUUCACCUAAACAUUUCCAGAAGCCUGUUCUGCUUUGGUUUGGGGUGAAGCUUGGGAAGACAUGAUGACUAAUAAAGACAGGAUCUCUGUCUUCCAGGAGUGGAGGGCAGACCAGAGACAAAUUCCAACUCCACAUGCUGGGUGUAAUGAGAAGGAGGAGGGAUGGUGAGAGGUCAGCACACAGGGAGCAGGACCUUUCAUCUGAUCACCUCAUUUUACAGAGCAAAUGGCCCAGCUGGCACACAGACCCUGUCCCGGGUCCCCAGGCUCCCCAUUAAGGCCAGAACCCCUUCCUCUUGCUUGGGUUUCAUGUUGGUGGGGCCAUUGUGGAACGAGUGCUCCGUGCACAACACUGUUCUAGGUGCUGGCCUUGAUUCUGAGCUCCGGUCUUCACUGGGGAAACCUCGGGCUGUUCUGAGCCUAUCUGCUUGUCUGCAGUGCAAGGAAGUAGUCAGUGAGCCAGAGCAGGCCCAGGACGUGGUGAACCAGGGAACACCCCCGAGGACAGUGGAUGAUUUCCUUUCUUGGGCUCUGCCUGUUUCUCCAAGGAAGGAACAUCUGAGACAGAUUCCCGUUAACUGAGGUUUCCAGCCAGUUGUUUGUGGUUAAUUGGGCCCCAUUCUUGAAACUACAGAAUGUUAGACCCGGAAGACUCUUUUUUUUUUUUUUUUUUAAACGGAAGACUCUUAAAGAACAUUUUGUUCCACUUAAGGAAGGUGAGGUGACCUCCCUGAAGAACAGGGAGGUGACCUGGCUCAAAUCGUGCCAGGGGCUCUACUGAGUGCAUGCUGUGGACAGAACCUUGGUGAGUCAGACACCAGGGUUCUCAUAGCCAAGGGUGUCUACCCCAACCAGGGCCCUUGUAGGAGCUGGGGAUGGAGCAUCACAACCCAUCCCAUGUAGGAGCUGGACUCCUUGCUUUUGGUCCUAUUGAAGUCUGAGGGCCUUAGGGCAGUCCCUUCUCCUUUCCUAGGUCUCCAUCUCCUACAACCAGAGGCUUAGAAAAUAUCCCUAGGUCUCUGUAAUCUUUAAUUUUAUUAAGUUUUUGGAAGUAUUCAUGAUGUAUGGAUCUAAGCCAUAGGUAAUAUUUAUUGCUAUAAUAGCUAAGAUUUCCUGCACGCUCAUUCUGUAUCAAGCCCUGCACUGGGCGCUUUCUUUGCAUUAUCUCCUGUGAUCACAGGACCCCUUUGGGUAAGCAGGCUCCAAUGGGGAGACAGAGUCAUUUGGUGUCUUGCCAAUGGCCAGACACCCAGUAAAGGAAAUUGCACUCCGGGUCUUGUAGAAACCCAAAGCCUGUGCUCCAAACCUCUGUCUUUGCCACUUCCUAGCCAGUGCCCCCAGGGCUGGCACAAAAGGGAAUGCUUGUUCCAGAAGGACCGAGAGGCCGCUGCAGGGGGUUGCUGGGCCCUGCUCUAGGGACAGUGCUCGGAGACUGGCAUGGGUUCCGAAGGGAGUGUGCUUGUAGGUGCUUCUUCACCCUGAAUCGCCCCAGCCCUGACCACACCACAGAUGCACCCACAGUGCAGUGAGGGGAGCUGAGGCCACAUUUUGCAGAAGGGGUACUCAUUAAAUGAUGGUGUGUUGGAGGACUUGCCCAAGGCCACAUGACCGGCUAGUGACUCAGCUGGGACUCAGUCUCCUGAUUUCCACGCUACACUUUUCUCCUGCAGCCAGUGUUUGUAGGAAAAGCACAUUUUCUAAGGCUCAGAAGACCUGGGCACUGGCUCAGGAAGCCACCCUACCCGCAUGUUCCUUGAAGCUCCGCCCCCAUCCCGCCAUGCAGUGCGGACAGCUAGUUAUAUAUAAUACCCUUAUGUAAGGAAGAUCGAUUCCCCAAACAAAACAACCAUCGUGUCUUCCUUUGUGCUAAGCCCACUGCUUCAGGCUUCCCUGGGGGCUUGGACACUAAAGAAUCUGCCUCCAAUGCAGGAAACCCAAGUUUGAUCCCUG